UUGAUAUUCGUGCAGGUUAUGGAACUCGCCUUCAGAGAGACAUAAGUCAGGAUACUAGUCAAAAAUAUUUAGAUAUUCUUGGGAUUCCAAAAGCCUUAUUACCAAUAGGAGGUCAAGAUGCUUUAAUUACGCAUUGGUUUCAAAUAUUUAAAACCGCUAAUAUUGACAUUGCUUCCUCUGUUUACGUG